CUUACACCUAGUCAAUACUUGAUAAAAUUCAAUUCAGAAUAAAAAAACUCAAACUGACUUAGGUAUCCCUUAUCUUAUCGAAGAUGGAAUACUUUAAGCACAUCGAGCUUUCUGAGCUGGAUCAGAUCAUGCCACGGCUGUAUGUACGGUGGUUACUCUGCUUUCCUAUUUUGAAAGAUUCGCCAUCAAAAGAGAGGAUCAUCGAUAUUAUUAAGUCUGGGGUCAGGACUACUCUAGAGGCACUUCCGAUUCUGACUGGCAAUGUGGUUCCCAAAUCCUCGGAUCCCUCUCGGGUCGAAGUCCGGGUCCCCACCUCUGAGAUUAAACGAGACUUCAAAUUACAAGUUAAGAGUUAUGAUGAGGUGGAAGAUCCGACCAUGCCAACAUACGAGCGUCUGAAGAAAGGCAAUUUUCCCGUUUCGGAACUUCCAGAUAAGCUUCUUGCUCCUGCCAAUACGCCAUCGACCCCAGUUUUCGAUCUCCAGGCAACAUUCAUUCGUGGUGGCUUGCUACUCUGCAUCAAGUGUCAUCAUGCAGUAAUUGAUGGAGCUGGUUUGGGUUUGGUUAUCAAACUCUUAGCCCAGAAUUGCUAUCUCCACGCGAACCCUCACAUUCCAGGAGAAGCUCCUAGUCUCCCGUCUAUGGAACGUUCCGUACUACCCCACGGCUUGAAGGACCCUAGACUCAAUGAACUGGGAUUCAAUAUCUUGGUGGGUUCCAAGGGCACCGAAACUGCUGCCAUUAAAGAAUAUGAACCCAUGACCUCUCAUAUCUUCAAGUUUUCGGCAAAUUCACUUCGGCAGCUCAAAGCUGCGUGCAUUACCAGCUCUGUCAACUUCACUUCCCAUGAUGUCCUGACUGCACUACUGUAUAGUGCUGUCUCUUAUGCCAGGUCACUUCGCCUGUCAAAAAUCUGUGACCAGAGAUCUAGUGUUCCUUCUACCAUGGGCAUUGCAGUAAACGGGCGACGCCGUCUGAAGCCACCCAUGGCCGGUUACGCUGGAAAUCUCACCCUCUACGCUGCUUUCUCAAGCCCACUAUCGUUACCCUGCGACCCAAUACCAAGUGAAAAAUCGACAGAUAUCACUUAUCUCUCAACUAGGCUCAAUCUUCCAUAUCUAGCCAGUCAAACCCACGCCACCGUAGCCUCGGUGACGGAGCCCUACAUCUUGUCUACCAUGGAACUCGCUUCUUCUCUCUCAGAUGUCUCAAAACUGGUCCCAUCAUUCUCAGAUUUCUACCAAGGGACGGACUUUUUCAUUACCAGUGGUGCUGACCUACCCGUCUUUGAUCAUGAAUGGUGGCCUGGCGGAUUCGUGGAGGAGAUGAGAAUACCAUUGAAGGCUCAGUGGGAUGGGUCGUGUGCUGUGCUCGCAACAAAAGAUAAGAGUACUGGAUUAGAUGUGCUACUUGGGUUGAGGGAAGAUGAUAUGCUCGUUGCAAAGCGUAUUUUGUUUGCAUUUGGUGCCUAUAUUGUUUAGAUCAUUUUGUGGGUCUAAUAAAACGCUUUUAGGAGGCGUAAAGCAAACUUAUUUCUAAAUCUAUGACCAAAAAAUCAAUCUCGGCC